AAAAGAAAACUCGCGUUUAAUGCUGACCUGGUUGCGGUGGAUUGUAACCACAUUUCACAGUAGGGUGUAAUAUUCUCAGUUUCUAUGAUCAACAUGGCGUCGAAGGUUUUGGCAACUAAAAAACUCCACUUUAUUUAUUUGUAGUGUUUCCUGUCUUUUAUAAACGUACCCCAAAUGGAGGGUAUGUUUACUUAAAAUGCGAUUACAAAUCCUCAUGGCGACUGUAAGAAAAGGAGCAGUUGGGGUAGGGGAAAGGGUACCUUCAGCAGGGUCAAGACAGAAACCCCUUGGUAACCCUGUGCGGGCCAUUCACCCCAACAGCAGUCCUGUGUACAAAACACAGUCAGACACUGCCCUGGCGGCAGGCUUGCAGAGACUGUCCUUGAAAGACGGGAAAACCAGUGGAACACCAAGGAGGCUGUUAUCCAGUCGAGCUGGCACCAAUGCUGCAGUGAAGAGUGUGUCUGAUGCAGCAAGGUUACUGGCAACAGAGGGGGUGAAGAACGUUGUGGUGGUGGCAGGCGCUGGCAUCAGUACACCCAGCGGCAUCCCAGACUUUAGAUCUCCUGGUACUGGAUUGUAUGACAACUUACAACAAUACAAAAUCCCCUACCCAGAGGCCAUCUUUGACAUUGAUUAUUUCCACGUAAACCCACGUCCCUUCUUCACAUUGGCAAAAGAACUUUACCCAUCAGGAAAGUACCGACCAAACUACAUUCACUACUUUGUGAGGCUGCUGCAUGACAAGGGUCUACUACUACGCAUGUACACACAGAAUAUUGAUGGAAUGGAAAGAUUGGCGGGAUUGCCAGAGGACAAAGUGGUGGAGGCUCAUGGCACGUUUGCCACGGCAACAUGUACAAACUGCAGACAGACUGUGCAGGGCUCGGAAAUCAAGGAAAAGAUAUUUACCGACAAACUGCCAAGAUGCUCUACAAGAGGAUGUGUGGGUAUUAUGAAGCCAGACAUAGUGUUUUUUGGCGAGGAUCUACCCCGUAAGUUCUACAGCUAUAUGAAGGACAUGCUGCAGUCAGAUAUGGUGAUAGUCAUGGGCACUUCACUUGAGGUUCAACCGUUUGCUGGCAUUAUAGACACUGUUCGUCAGAGUGUUCCGAGAAUUCUCUUCAAUCGUGAGGCAGUUGGACCUUUCCGGUAUAAUGGUAGACCACAGGAUGUUGUUGCUGCAGGUGACCUAAUAGAGGAGAUGGUGAAGUUUGCAGGCCAGGUGGGAUGGACCCAGGAUAUGGUGGAGCUCAUAACUAGACAGGAAGGCACCUUUACCAUUGCCAAACGCUUGCCUGAUAAAGGCAAGCCAAUUAAACCCGCUGGAAACCAGCUGAACAAGAAGCCCCCACCAGCCCCACCCUCAAGCCAAACAAGAAACUAUAGCACUCAGGCCAAUAGAAAUAGACAGACCUUCACCUUGUAUACUGAGGACUCUUCUUCUGAGGAGAGCACUGAAAGUGAGAGUGAUGUCACUUCCUCUGAAUCUUCAGAAGAAGAUAAUGAAAGAAUAUUCAGGGGGAAUAAUCACAGAAAAAAGUAUGUGUCAAACAAUAAAAAUGCGUUAUUACAAAGUAGUUCAAGUGCUAAGUCAAAUGAUGGAAACAAAAGAAAUGUGCAUUCAUUGAGUACACAACGAAUUGCAAAACCAAAUUCAGUGACACUUGCAGGUAAUAUGUCAGGUAGAAGCAUAAAAUCUGAGUCUGUAAUAAGUGAUAAAAUAAAAUCCAAUAUGAAGAAACCUCCUCUUCCAAAAGAAACAAGAACUGUUAUGACUGAAGUUAAAGCAGCUUUCCAUGAAAUCAAUAAUGAAAAGUCAGAUCAAUUGAAGACUGAAAAACAAUCAGAUUUGAAUACACAUAAAACAAACAUAAAUGAUAAAAGUGAAGAAAGGUUUGCAACAAGUAAAGUUCUGCGAUUGAAACAAGCAAAUUAUAUUAGUGAAAGUGAAAUAAAAGCAGAACAAGUUCAAAACAAUGAUAUGCUUGAAAAAACAGAAGACAAAAGAACUAAGAAAACUAAAGGUAAACAUUCUGUUACACUAUUAAAUAAGGAUAAUUUAUUCCAAAAAACAAAUGAUGUUUAUGAACAAAGUCAGUCUGAAAAUGAGAUAAAUAAACCCAGUACCCAUCAUUUGAAUGAAGUAACAGCAUUAGAGCAAGGAACUUGUAAAACAGAACAGGAAUCAAAUGAAAAUACAGGCAAAGUUGUGGAAGAGUUUGAGAAUAACAAUUUUUUUAAUGGGAAAGGAAAAUUAAAUGAAAAGAUUCAACAUGAAGGGAAAAUAGGUUUAAUGUCAGAAAGAACUGCCAUUUUGAUGAAAUAUGGCCUAAACCCUAUACCGCUGACCAAGAAAGAAAACAGUUUUAGUAAUAAUAGGUCUAUGAAAAGUAAAUCUGUUAUUUUACAAGAGGAAAUAAAGAAAGUGAGAAGUGACAGUGCGAUUUCUAGCGGAUAUUAUGUGGAAGAUGUUCCACAAUCAGAAUCAUCUAAUGGUCCAGAUAUUCCUGCUGUAGCCAGAAUUAUACGGGAAAAACCAAUACCGGUUGUUGAGCCAUUUGUUCGACAUAACAAAUCCAGCGACAAUUUAAGCUCAGCACAAAAAACAUGGCAAGAAAAUGUGGUUUUCACUGAUGAUAUGUUUCCAAUUGUAAAUGACAUCACGCAGUUAAAGUCAAGGUCAUAUGCACAGUCCAUACCUGGCUCAGUUGGAAGCUCAAAUAGCAAUGAUAAGGGAUCCAAGGUCUUAUCAGAAAGAACUGCACGCUCUUUUGAAAAGUAUGCAAAUCUUGCAUCUCAUAAAAAAAAGAAAAGACGUGGAAAGAAGCACGGUAAAAGUAGAAUAACAUUGAAAGAUCGCCCUUCACCAGGUGCCAUGGACAAACAAAAGAAACCUGAUUUAAACUCUGUCAACGCAGUCCCGUAUGGCUACUCGAGAAGGCAGAGUAACAAAGUGAAAGGAAUUGGCCCAUUCCAUCGUACUAAUGUGCGAACGCUUAGCAGUUCUAUUGACUACAAGGCUCAUGACGUGUUUAGGUCAGGCUCAGCUGACAUUCCAAAGAUCAGCUACAGGCAUAAAAUUGACAAGACUCCAUCAUCUCCAUCAUGCAAUUAUCUUGUACCUGAGAGUGGAUCUGGUCUCUCAACACCCACAGACUAAACUUUGCAAGGCUGCAGAUAACUGCAUUAACAAUUAGAAGCAUUAUAAUGGCUAAGACACAGUUAUAUCUCAGUGAUUGGCAUUUAGAAUUGCGUUAGCAAUGCUGUAACAUUGUUUAGCUAUUUUUGUUUUAUAAAGACUUCAUUUAAAUAGCAAGGCUGAAUUGAAUGUCCUCUUCAUUAUAACUGUUGUUUCAUUUUCUGCAUAUCUUACACUUCAUCAUGCUCGAGUACACUGCAAUGUUCAUGUUCAGGAAGUUUUAGUAAAACUUGAACACAAAUAGAAUAUUCUCUGGUAAAGGUGUAGAAUAUAGCAGUCAUGAUUACAUGUAAAUGUCCUAGUUGUACAUGUAAGUUCAUAUUCUGACAUUUAAAGCCACACACCUUGAAAUGAAAUACACGUUAAUCAAUACAUAUGGAUGCUAUUUGAAAGUGUACAAAAUUGUCGUUAAAUCUAUAGCCUAGUUAGCAAGAAAUUUAUCAUUUUUCAAAUGGCUUUUAAAACCGAAAGUAGGAUUUUCAUACAUAUACAUGUGUGCGUCAAUUUCGAAAAACGUGAUUAUUUUUAAGUUUUAAAGCUAAAAAAAUACGGAUUUCUACCUUGUACCCACCAUAUAUAUUAUAAUUGGCUUAGAUACAAUUAAAUCUAUAGCCUAGUUAGCAAAUAAUUUAUUAUUUUUCAAAAGGUACCGCUUUUAAAACCGAAAGUAGGAUUUCUAGACGUAAACAUCCGUUUCGACAUACGCGAUUUUUUUUCAAGUUGUUAAUCGCAAAAAAGACGGAUUACUACCUUGUAACCACCAGAUAUAUUCUAAUUGGCAUAUAUAUAAAAUGUUUCUUAUUUAUUCUUAAAUUUUCUAAGCCAAAUAAGGUGUGUGGCUUUAAAUGGUAUGGUAAAUAUAGUAAUGUUAUAUCCAUGCAUAUUCACAAAGUUGUAAUAUACCCCAACAAUCAAAGUUUGAUGGGGUUCACUGGAGUCCCCAAGUUGGUUGGUCUAUUAGUUGGUUGAUUGAUCUGUAAGCAUUUCUUGUCCUAUCCAUUUUUAAGUGUUGGAUUUUGGUGGGCUGACCUGCAGAAGUUUAGUGAAAAAAAGUACUUGCUCAGAACAAAUAAAGGGCAUUUAUGAUAUCUGGGAUGGAUUCGAAAUUGAUUGUGUUUGUUCAAAAACAUGCCCUCUCCCC